GGACUGCCCUCACAGGGUCAGGUUUGCAUAAACAGGACAGAGCGACGAAUCAACUCUGGAAGAAACUGUGGAUUUCCCUGGAGGCUCUGCAGGAGAUGUUGGGGAAAAAUCACAGGAUCUCCAUGAGGACCCUUUGAACCCACCUGAGGAGAACAUCAUCUGUUUCCGUUGUUUCAAAGUGUUGGACGCAUCAUGGCGUCACCCAGCAUCUCUCACUUAGGUUCUGCAGGUUCUGCUUUGGCCUUUGAGGAUUAUUCUCUCUACAGUAAUCUGAGCGAUGACCAGCUGCUGCAAGUCGCCAUCGAGCGCAGUCUGACAGAAACGCACCACAGCGCCCCCACUGACUACAGCGCCACCGCUCCCGCCACUACCAGCCCCCCACAGGCGUCACAAUCCCAGGACAACAAGCCGAACCCGCCAAGCACCGACAGAUACCAACGUCGAGUCUCGAGCGGCCAGAAUCCAGCCGCGCCGCAGACCAGCGUCACUUACAGCUCCCCGAACCCCCCGACUGAGAAGCCUCCUGACAUGAAGACUUUUGAUGGAACAGUGAGCCGGUUCAUGACAGGUUCUGGGAAGAGGAUGGUGGCAUAUUACAGACCAGAUGGCAGUUUGGUCCACAUUGCUCCAGAACCUGAAGAGGAGGAAGAGCCUUUGUUUCGAGCGAUCCGUGAAGGUAAGGCUACCAAAGUGAAAGCCUUGGCGACAUGUCGCGGAACGAACCUGAUGCUUCCCAGUAAACCUGGCUGGCUAGCGACUCACCAAGCAGCGUGGUUUGGACAGGACUCCUGUUUGCGAAUGCUGCUUUCAGCUCAACCAGGAAUGGUCAACAAGAGGACAUCACGUGGUGAGACACCAAUAAUGGUGGCUGUCAGCAGGGUGCAGCUGGGAUGUGUUCAGGUGCUGCUGGAACAUGGAGCUGAUGCUGAAAUCCCCAACAAUGAAAAAGAGACUCCAUUGUAUAAAGCCUGUGAAAGAAACAGUGCCGCGAUUGUUGCAACCCUGCUGAACCACGGAGUGGCUGUAAACACCCGCUGCAUUCAGGGCUGGACAGCUCUCCAGGAAGCUGUGGUCCAAAGCAACAUGGAAAUCUGUGAGAUGCUACUGAAGGCUGGAGCCAAACUCAACACCCGCAACAUGUAUGGUCUCACCCCCCUCUUCACCGCCGCUCAGAACGGGCAGAUGGCUUCACUGCGAUUCCUCAUCAAACACGGUGCAGACAUCAACACGCAGGCUGAUGACGGAGCGACGGCUCUGUAUGAAGCUGCUAAAAUGGGACACGAAGAAGUUGUUGAGCUGCUGCUGUCUCAGAAAGCUGAUGCCAACAAGCCUGGAAAAACGGGAAUGUUGCCGCUUCACAUAGCUGCACAGAGAGGAAGUGAUUUAAUCGUCUCCAUGUUGAUCCCAGCCACCAGCAGGGCCCGUGUACGCAGGACUGGGAUUAGCCCGCUGCACCUGGCAGCAGAGCGUAACCGCGAUGAUGUUCUGGAGAUGCUUAUCGAGGCGGGCUUUGAUGUCAAUGCCCAACUGUCAGAGGAGAGAAUGCGGCUGUACGAGGACCGCCGCAGCACAGCGCUCUACUUCUCCGUCAUCAACAACAACGUAGAGGCUGUUCGCAUGCUGCUGAACGCUGGUGCCAACCCGAACCUGGACAUGUUCAAACCUCUGAUGGUGGCUUCCAGGAUGGGCUGCAUCCAGACAGUCAAGCUGUUGGUGGAGCACGGCGCCGACAUCAACGCAGGCAUCCCUACCCACCCCACCACCUUCCCAGCUGUCUUCAUGUUCUCCAUGAAGUACCUUCCCCUCCUCAAGUACCUGCUUGACCAUGGAGGCCACGCCCUCCCCUGCUUUGACUGUGUUUAUGGUAACCGGGCUCAUCCACCCAUAAAAACCAAUCGAUCAAACUGGGACAACGACUCGGACCAAAUUCUGGCAGAGGUGCCUCUACGGACGGGCGUUCAGUUCUGUGAGAUGAUCUCUGCCCCAAGUAUCUCUCGAUGGGCGGGGCCUAUCAUUGAUGUCCUGCUGGACUACGUUGGUCAUGUGACGCUUUGCUCCAGACUGAUGGAACACCUGGACAGUUACUCUGGGUGGAGUGGAAUCAAAGAGAAAGCAGCUCCCCCCCGGCCGCUGCUGCACCUCUGCAGGUUGCAGAUUCUGCAGCUGGUUGGACACAGAAAGCUGAAGAAGCUGCCGCUUCCUGGAGGUCUGAUCCGCUUCCUGAAACACCAAGACUUGCCUCUGGAUGACGAAGGCUGAACCAGACAACCGUUGAGCUGCAGAUGUUGCAUCAUUUAGAUUUCUUCCUGCCUCAAUCUGUUCACAUGGUUUCCGUUUCUAGAGGAUAAUUCAGCACCUGGAACAACGAUAGAAACGCCAUCUGGGACACUUCCAAGAUGAACUACACAGGAAACAGGAUUAGAAUCAGAAUCAACCCAAACUACAGCACUGGAGGAGGAGGAG